GCCGCGGCGGGCGCGGUGCGCGUUCGGGGACAUGAAUAAGUAAGUGACUCCGUUCCCCCGCCGACAGCGAGGCGACCCGGAGAGGCCGGCGGGGCACGCAUCGCGGCAGCGCCCACCCGGCGCCGGAGCCCCGGGGAAGAGUCAGUCUUAAGAUGUGAUGCCUUCCUGUGAAACCUCACACACGGGAAUCUUGGAAACCAAAGGACUCUAGGACUCCGUGACAGUAGACCUGCUUUAUAAUCCAGGAGGGUCUGCCCUACCUCUUCCUUUGUAUUGCCUUCGAAUAUCACACUUCAAGCAAUAGUGACAGGGCUUAACAAUAUCACGCGUACCCCAAAGACAUCUGUCCAAGCGGGCGUCUGUCGACAGGUUACUUGACUUGCAAAUAGAGGAGCAGAAAUGCCACCACCAGCAGGCUCCCCCUCAGUACCUACACCCCCUGAUGGAGGAUGGGGCUGGGUAGUGGUCGGAGCAGCUUUUAUCUCCAUUGGGUUUUCAUAUGCAUUUCCCAAAGCUGUCACAGUAUUCUUCAAAGAAAUUCAGCUAAUGUUCAACACUACCUACAGUGAAAUAGCAUGGAUAUCAUCCACUAUGCUGGCUGUUAUGUACGCAGGAGGUCCCAUCAGCAGUGUUUUGGUGAAUAGAUACGGUAGCCGGCCGGUGGUGAUGGUAGGAGGUUUGUUAUGCUGUUUGGGGAUGGUCGCAGCAUCUUUUAGUACCAACGUUGUACAGCUUUAUAUCACUAUGGGAUUCAUUUGCGGUUUAGGUCUAGCCUUCAACCUGCAACCCGCCUUAACCAUCCUCGGCAAAUACUUUUAUAAGAAGCGGCCUAUGGCGAGUGGCCUUGCGAUGGCUGGAAGUCCUGUUUUCUUAAGUACACUGGCUCCUUUUAAUCAGUACCUCUUUAACACCUAUGGUUGGAAAGGAAGCUUCUUGAUUUUGGGAGGUUUAUUGUUGAACUCCUGUGUGGCUGGGGCCCUCAUGAGACCCGUUGGACCCAAACUAACCACUCAGAAGUCUAAAAAUAAGGUUGGUGUAAGAGAGACUGAUUCAGGUAUGAAGGAGAGACAUAAGAAGAAAUCCAUAUGGGCAAAAAUUAAUAAGUAUUUAGACUUCUCCCUUUUUAAGCACAGGGGGUUUCUGAUAUACUUAUCUGGAAACGUCAUUAUGUUUCUGGGAUUCUUUGCCCCCAUCAUAUUCUUGGCUCCGUACGCUAAAGACAAAGGAAUUGAUGAGUACUCCGCAGCUUUCUUGCUGUCUGUCAUGGCUUUUGUCGACAUGUUUGCCAGACCUACUGUAGGGUUCAUUGCAAACACCAGAUUGGUCCGACCCCGCAUCCAGUACUUCUUCAGCUUUGCGAUCAUGUUCAACGGGUUGUGCCAUCUCCUGUGCCCGCUGGCUGAGGACUACUCAAGCCUGGUGGUGUACGCUGUGUUUUUUGGCCUUGGGUUUGGGAGUGUUAGCAGCAUCCUCUUUGAAAGCCUCAUGGACCUUGUUGGCGCGCAGAGAUUUUCCAGUGCGGUGGGACUUGUCACAAUUGUGGAGUGUUGCCCCGUCCUUCUUGGUCCUCCGCUUGCUGGUAAAUUGGUGGAUGAAACUGGACAGUAUAAAUACAUGUAUGUGUCCUGUGGAGCUGUUGUGGUCCUGGCCAGUGUGUGGCUACUCAUUGGCAAUGCUAUCAACUACAGAUUGCUCGCAAAGGAAAAGAAGCUGAAAGAGGCAAAGAAAAUACAUACGCCUGAGUCCCAAGAAUCUGAAUCCUUGAAGACAUCUAAAAGUCAUGAUGUCAGUGUCAAAAGUACAAAAAGUCAAAAGUCAAAAAAAUCAGGGGUUAAUCCCUCAGAAAGAGAAACUAAUAUUUAAUAAGAAUCACAUCUCUGAUUUCAGUGUUAAUGACUUUCUUAGGAGUAAUUUUUUUUUCAACAUGUUGGAAGGUUUUUAGUUGAAAUGAGGCAUCAUUAAGGAUGAGGUGAGAUUUUCCUUAAUGGCAAAUUUUAAAUGUUUGUUUUUUAAAAAUUCUUUGAGCGGUUAAAUUUUGAGAUCAUGCAUAUAAAGAGUUCAUGCAAGGGACUUAUUUCCCUACACGACUCAGGUUGUGGUGGUUAAAACGAUCUUAAAGUCUUCCAGUGACUUCCAGUCUUGGUUAUAGAGAUCUGAAUCCCAAACCGCUGGUUUAAGUAGUUAGAACGAGUAUGUUUAGUCCCGUAAGAAUACCGUCUCCACAUUUCACUUUUUUAUUUGAUAUUAAAGUGUGAAAUGGAAUCAAAGGAAGUGAAUUUUUCCCAAACAUGCUCACACACACCGACUUUCACACACUUAAGAACAAGCACACAGGGUAUUUGGAGAAAAAAGACGAGUUCAAAAAGAAUAUGAUCAUUGUACUUUUUUUAAAAAUCCAUGGAGAGAAAAGAAAUAUGUUAUAUCUGCAUACUACUUUAUAGUGUGGAUUUUACAGAUAAGAACAUGAGUGAAAAUGAGGGUGAUCUUAAUUUGAAAAUGAAUCGAACUGCUGUAAAAAAAGAAUAGCAUUUGCGUAUACGAAAUAAAUUUGAAAAA